AAUAAAAUACCUUUGCCACUCCUUUUUCAUAGUGUAUUUCUCGAGAAUUUAUUCAAGCCAUUUCUUUCUUUCUUUUCACCCAUUCCAUUCUUUUUUUAUUAUUAUUAUGUUUAAAACUAUCUACAGACUAAGAGUAUUUGAUCAAGAAACUGCUCAGCAUCACCCAAUUCAUUUAUGUGGUCUCAAGGACAAACAACCUACAUUUAAUGAUCUUGUACAGAAAAUUCAACGCAUUACAAAGACGACACAUUUGGAUGACUAUGAGGUCAUCUUUUCAUCUCAAAAUACAGAAAUUUUAUUAAAAGAUGACCAAAGUUUCCAAAAGGUGCUUCGGUCUUUGACGUUGGAUCAACAACGACUUGAUAUUUCUCUUAAAUCAAAACAUAAGCAUUCCAUCAUCAAAGAUUUACCUAGGCUGGUUGAAAAUCCUUUAAUGGAACAAGAUAUUCCGGUCAUUAAACCGACUGUAUUAAGAUGGACACCGCAUCAUCAUCAUCAUCAUCAUGAAGAGAGCGAGCCAUACCGCAAAAAACAACGUACGAUGAUGACUAAAGAUCACCCUCGAAAAUUACCUGAGCCAACAGCCACAACACCUCCACAUUUACCUUUGAUAAGAAACAGUAUGUUAAUGGACUACCCCUUACAUCCAUUGGACAUGAAGAAACCCUCUACAACCCCUUUGUCUUCGCCACCUUCACCUCGCCUAUCGCUCACAUUACCCACACUCUCUUCCAUCACACAACCUUGUUCACUUCAGAAAUUUGGUUCUCAACAUUUAGCUCCCAUUCGACAAAGCAUGCCUACCAAACCAUCCAAACGAACUCGAGCCAGUGUAGGAAGUACACAUCAUAACCAUAUCAACAGUGGUGUAUUUCUCUGUGAACAUGCUAUAGGCAAAAAUAGGAUUUGCGGACAGACAUUUCGCCGCUCUUAUGAUCUAUCUCGACACCAAACAAUUCAUUUAGAGAAUCGACCUUUUUGUUCCUGCCAUCAAUGUGGCAAGAAGUUCACGCGUAUGGACGCAUUGAGACGUCAUGAAAGAGUACAGGGUCAUCAUUCCUCUAAGCAUCGUUCCAUGUCAACUUCUGCAUUACCUCCUCUGGAUAAAAAAUAAUAUAUAUAUAUAUAAAUUUGU